AUCAGGUUGUUUGUUUCUUUCUUUCUUUCAACUUUCCUUUCGUUUCCUUCUCUUUCCUUUCUCUCAUUAUCUAUUGAUCGUGUAUCCGUCAAUCUGUUCGUUUCCUUUCCAAUUUCACAGCAAAACACAAUCUUUUACUGCAUCAUUCCUGUUUUUAUAAUCUCUACAGUUUCCAAUUCUUCUACCAUUGAGAUCGAAGGGAAACAACUGCAAAAGCAGAAAAACAGGAAUGGCAGUGGCUUUUCCUGUCGGAAUUGUCAUCGCUGCCGUACUUUCGCACGUUACACUUGUUCUUUCUUCUUUUCCGGCUACUCUUACUCUCGAGAGGGGGAUUCCUCCCAGUCAUAGGCUCGAGUUGAACCAGCUCAGAGAGCGAGAUAGCUUUAGGCAUCGUAGAAUAUUGCAGUCUGCUGGUGGUGUCGUGGAUUUCCCUGUUCAAGGAACCUUCAAUCCUUUCCUUGUUGGGCUAUAUUAUACAAAAGUGCAGUUGGGUUCUCCUCCAAAAGAUUUCUACGUACAAAUAGAUACUGGGAGUGAUGUUCUGUGGGUCAGUUGCAGCUCCUGCAAUGGUUGCCCCGUUACAAGUGGACUCCAAAUUCCACUCACUUCGUUUGAUCCUGGAAGCUCAUCAACAGCUUCAUUGAUCUCAUGUUCAGACCAACGAUGCACUGUUGGAAUUCAAUCAUCGGAUUCUCUCUGUUCUUCUCAAAGCAACCAGUGCGGCUACACGUUCCAAUAUGGGGAUGGCAGUGGUACAUCAGGCUAUUAUGUAGCUGAUUUUUUGCAUUUUGAUACGGUUCUUGGUGGAUCUGUGACUAAUAAUUCUUCAGCUGCUGUUGUCUUCGGGUGUAGCACAUUACAGACUGGAGACUUGACAAAGUCUGAUAGAGCAGUUGAUGGGAUCUUUGGUUUUGGGCAACAGGAUAUGUCUGUAAUCUCCCAGCUGGCUUCACAAGGGAUAACACCAAAGGUGUUCUCUCAUUGCUUAAAAGGAGAUGAUGCUGGUGGUGGUGUAUUAGUUCUUGGAGAAAUUGUGGAGCCAAAUAUUGUCUAUACUCCACUUGUCCCAACGCAGCCCCAUUAUAAUUUAAACCUACAGAGCAUAUCAGUCAAUGGCCAAACUUUAGCCAUUGAUUCAUCAGUUUUUGCAACAUCAAGCAAUCAGGGAACAAUAGUUGAUUCUGGAACAACCUUGGCAUACCUUGCUGAAGCAGCUUAUGAUCCGUUUGUCAAUGCUAUUACAACUAUCGUUUCACAAAAUGCACGCACAUAUCUUUCUAAGGGAAAUCAAUGUUACUUGGUCACCACAAGUAUUAAUGAUGUAUUUCCUCAAGUUAGUCUCAACUUUGCCGGAGGUGCAUCCAUGAUUUUAAAUCCUCAAGAUUACCUUCUACAGCAAAAUUCUGUUGGUGGAGCCGCAGUGUGGUGCAUUGGCUUUCAAAAAACUGCUGGUCAAGAAAUUACUAUCUUAGGAGAUCUUGUUCUUAAAGACAAAAUCUUUGUUUAUGAUAUUGCUAAUCAACGACUUGGAUGGACUAAUUAUGAUUGUUCAAUGUCUGUGAAUGUCUCGACAACUACAAAUACCGGCAAAAGCGAGUUCGUCAAUACAGGGAAUAUCAGUAACAAUAGUUCACCAAGGAAUGUACCUUACAAGCUGAUAUCAAUAACCAUUACAAUACUCCUGAAUAUCUUUACACUUGGAAGUUACCUGUUUUUAUAGCACGAGCUCUCAUUCUUUCUUUUGUAAUGCGCUGGCCGGUUUAUAUUUAUGGCAACCGGCAAAGCCAUGAACCCUUUAGUUCAUAUUCAGGGUGUGCAAUAGCAUGUGAUUCUUCAUUGUGGCUGCAUUUUCCUUGAGAAUAUUUUUCAUCAGCCAUGUAAGCUGAGAAUUUCAUCCAUUGAGAUUCCAUCUAUUGACAGCUUUGUAAAUUACAUUUCAUACAGGAUCAAUGAUGUAACGUCAGAAUUAAUUUUAUAGAAAUUUCUCAGUUUUGUUA